AUGGUCGAGGAGGUUUUCUACGUCCUUAUAACCAUUGUUGGCGAGAGAGCCAGCGCUACUAAGCUCCCAUUCCAGCGUGCCAUCCGUCGCGAGAUCGUGCACGCGCUUGCGGCAGGGCCAAGUUCAUUCACCGACCUCGCUAAGCGUGUCUCCGAGAGGAUGGAUGUAUCUCACUUCCGCGCACCUGAGUCAACAUCUGAUACGGGCGUGUACGAGCUGAAGGACGAGGCUUAUGACGAGGUGGACCCGUUUACCUUCCACUACACGCGGAACAAGCGCGAGGAAGUGGAAGUCAUCCUCAAGAACAGACUCCGAGUUGCAAAAUGGCAAUUUCCCGCAAAUCCCGCGGUUACCUGUUUCGUGGUCCGAGGGGUCGAGUUCUGUCACGAUCUAUAA